AUGAACUUUUCUUUGGGACACAAAAGUCCUUGUAGGACAUUCACUUUGUUCAUUCGACUGGACAUCAAAAUCGGAGACUUGCUGACGGAUGACGACGACGAGAAGGGCACGGUCCGAAUUAUCGAAUGGGCAAUGCUGGAGGCACCACCGAAAGCAAUUCACUACUACAGUAAUCUACCUUAUGGAUGGAUCCCACAGAAUGAUCUUGAACUAGUGCAACUGUUUAUGCAGACCUGGCGAGAGGACUGGUUAAUGAUCUGCCGAGAGGCCAGGAGGUAUCUCGGGCGCCUGCGCACGCACCAGUUGACUGCUCGGGGGAAAGAUGAUCGACUCAUCGAUUCCAUAGCGAAGCACAUGCAGCGAUGGACUCACGUUCAGGGAUUACUGGCGGAGCAGCUAAGUCAAGUCCGAGAUUUUGUCGCCCAGUAUCAGCGGUUUAGCGAGACGCGUAGAUUCACCGAGCAGAUGCAGGAUAUGAUCUCUGAGCUUGAACGGGAUAUCUCAGGACAGAUUGACAAGCUGGAGCAGACGGUCCGCGACCUGCUCCAGAUUGCUAGCAGCCAUCAAAAUCCGAGAGUCUUCAGACAUAGCAAUCGGUGGUCUCGCCAAUAG